CAAACAGUACCACCGCUUCGCUCGCUCCAUCCCCACAACACAACACAGUUUCUGCUGAUUUGGUGUCGUACGCACAGUCAAGAUCAUGACAGCUGUUGAAUGGGAGGAAGUUAAACGGCUGGCCGCUGGGCUCCAGCGCGCUCAGCUGAUAUCCACGACUCAAAGAUUAUCUGAGCGUAACUGUGUUGAAAUUAUCACCAAGCUCGUGGACAUGAAAUUGCUCGACAUCAUAUUUACAAAUGAUGGAAAAGAAUAUAUCACUCCACAGCAGCUUGUAACAGAGAUGAGAGAUGAAUUAAUUGUCAAUGGUGGUCGCAUCAAUCUGGUAGAGUUGGCCAAGUUAUUAAAUGUUGAUCUGAGCCACAUUGCUCAAAGAGCUGCUGACCUCCAGAAGCAGGACCCUGGAAUUUCUUUAGUGCUGGGACAACUUAUUGAUAAAUCAUAUAUUACACGGUUGGCUGAAGAAAUAAAUGAAAAGCUUGUUCAACAAGGAGAAGUAUCUAUUAGUGAUUUGACCAGUCAAUAUGAUCUACCUAGUGAAUUUUUACAACAGGUUGUUCAACGAAAUCUAGGGAAGAUAAUACGUGCUAAGCAAGACAGACAAGAUCCUCGUGUUUUCUUUACUGAAGCUUAUGUUGCCAGAAAUAUGGCAGCUAUUCGAGGUGCUCUUAUUGCCACAAUGAAACCGACACCUGUGAGCAACUUAAUCAACAUUUGUGGAGUUCAAGAACGUCUAUUCUUUUCACUAAUUGAUAAUUUGAUGGAAUUGAAACAAGUCCCCGGUGUCUUCUCUGGGAAACAAGUUUCCAAUAGUAUUUAUGUACCAUCAAUUUACUCUAAAUCUCAAAGUGAUUGGGUUGAUAGCUUCUACAAGCAGAACGGCUUUUUAGAAUAUGAUGCUCUCUCACGCAUUGGCAUAUCUGAUGGUCAGUCUUAUGCACGCAAACAUUUUCCUGCUGAAAAGCUCUUAUUCCUUGACGGUGCUGCUAUUGGGUCCAUGUUAUUAGGUCAGAUAGAAGCAGCUGUAGAAGAGGCUGUUAGUUCUGGCACAUGGGUUGACAUAAUGCCAAUGUUGCCAUCAGUCUUAGACAGUAACAAUGGGGAACAAAUUUUGACAGAAGUUCUGAAAACUGUAAGAACACCGGGGGGUAGUACACCGUCAGUCAAAGUUUUCAAUGGUUCAGUUGUUGUGACAGAAAACUUCCUGAACAAAUUAAUGGUUCCCUUCAAAGAUGUGGUGCAAAAGAAAGCAGAAAAGUGUGUUGCAUCUGGAGAGUUCCAACAAUGGCAAGUUGAUCGACUUCAAGUCUCUGAUGACCACAACAAGCGAGAAGAUCUGAAGGAAGAAAAAGUUGACAAGCGAGAUGAGCGACGCAAGAAAGCAGCUGGUGGUAAAGGGGGUGGUGGAACUCAGGGUCGUGAGACUAAAACUAAGUCAACAAAAAAGAAAGUGAGGGGUGGACGUGGAGGUGGAGAUUCUGAUGAUGAGGCAACUGUUAGUUCUCAUCGCAAACCUACAGUCUUAGAAAUUGUUACUGUUGAAGACAUAGUUGCUGUUAUUUCUCUGGAAGAGAGCUUUAAUGAUUUAGAUGAAGAUGAAAGAGCAUCUUUAUUGGAGGAAAUAGCCAAACACUUGCAUGUGUCAGCCAAUAAAGCUGCCAUGGAACAUGCCCAAGUUGUGUUGGAUAGCAAUAUGUCAAAUAAUAUUGGUGCACGGAGGAAAACUCACAAUGAUCUUCAAGAGAAACUGAACAGUCUUAUCACCAAUGUUAGAUUGUUUGAGAAAGGUCUCAAAGGAUUUUCUACUGAUGUUAUUCCACCUGCCAAAGAGUCUCCUCAUUCACAGCUUUCUAAAUAUUUGCUUAAAACAUUUUGCACUGACAUUGCCAAUGAAAUAGUUGGCUUUAUAGCUCAGGAGCGGAUGCUACAAUGGGACUCUACCAAGGACAUACUUCAGGAGACAAGGCAAAAAGUGGCCCAGGAAUCAGGUGGAGCAGAAAAAGAGGCUCUUUUAAAAUUAAAUAAAUCUUUACUUGGAUCUUCACUUGAUGACUUUUUUUCUGCUCUUGAAAUCGCUCUGAGUUCAGAUGUUUGUGAUGUUGUUAUUCGUAAAUCAGACAAGAAAAAGGAGAGAGUGAUGGUCUUUGGUCACCGCCAAGCAUUGUUAGAGCAACUGAAUUCUUCAGAGGACCCGGCUCACGUUUUGCAUAUAGCUACUUUGGUGCUUUGUCAAGGUGUAACACAAAAUAUGUUGCAUGCAUCUGGACGCUAUGUCAACAUUUUAUUGUCAUUCCUACAGCCUCAUUUGCCAGCAGGCACAUAUUCCACUUUGCAGGAGUACUAUGAUCUUGUGCUGAAGCUCUUAUCAACAGACCAGCCAAAUGAGGAUGCAAAGACAACUGUUAUGUUUCAGCUCCAAGAGAAAAUGCCUAUCAUUAAAGAUAUUGCAAAUACCUUUAAAAAGACUUCCGGAGAAAACAAAGAGUGAUUUGAUUUUAUGACUGUGUACAGUCACAAUCUUUGACUGACAUGCAUUGUUUUAAAUCUAAUGUAAACCAAAUAGGUUUUGAUGUUUACCUUUUUAGUAUGUAUGAGUGAACUUCUUUUAUUGCAAGAGUUACAUACUCAAAUUGUUAUUUUUCUACAGUUUAUCUGUUUUGAUGAUUGUUUUUUUGAAUAUCUGUUCCAAUUUUUAUCAGGCAUUAAAUAGCCUCUAAAAUUAA